CCCCUCUUCCGGGCCGCGAGCCCCCCGCGCGCCGCUUCGGGACCGCGCUCGUGCGCGCGCGCCCGCCCGUCCUCCCGCCAGCCAGUCCUCUCAGCGCGCGCUCGGCCGCCCGACGACGCGGGAGCUGCACGCGCCGGACGAGGCUUGCUGCGCUCCCUGUAGCUGAGCGCGGGCCCGCUGAGGCGGCGCCCUCGGUUCCCGGCCAGGGCACAGUCGGCACCGCUGAAUCUGCGGCCCCAGAGCGGCGGCGGCAGCAGCGGGAAAAAGAUGAAGAACGAAAUUGCUGCUGUUGUCUUCUUUUUCACAAGGCUGGUUCGAAAGCAUGAUAAGUUGAAAAAAGAGGCAGUUGAGAGGUUUGCUGAGAAAUUGACUCUAAUCCUUCAAGAAAAAUAUAAAAAUCACUGGUAUCCAGAAAAACCAUCAAAAGGACAGGCCUACAGAUGCAUUCGUGUCAAUAAGUUUCAAAGAGUUGAUCCUGAUGUCCUGAAAGCCUGUGAGAACAGCUGCAUCUUGUAUAGCGACCUGGGCUUGCCAAAGGAGCUUACUCUCUGGGUGGACCCAUGUGAGGUGUGCUGUCGGUAUGGAGAGAAAAACAAUGCAUUCAUUGUUGCCAGCUUUGAAAAUGAGGAUGAGAACAAGGAUGAGAUCUCUAAGAAAGUUACCAGGGCCCUUGACAAGGUUACCUCUGAUUAUCAUUCAGGAUCUUCUUCCUCAGAUGAAGAAACAAGUAAAGAAGUAGAAGUGAAACCCAAUUCAGUGACUGCAACACCAAGCCCUGUGUACCAGAUUUCAGAACUGAUGUUCCCACCUCUUCCAGUGUGGCACCCUUUGCCCAGAAAAAAGCCAGGAAUGUACAGAGGGAAUGGCCAUCAGAAUCACUACCCUCCUCCUCCUGUUCCAUUUGGUUAUCCAAAUCAGGGAAGGAAGAAUAAACCAUAUCGUCCAAUUCCAGUGACAUGGGUACCUCCUCCUGGAAUGCAUUGUGACCGGAAUCACUGGGUUAAUCCUCACAUGUUACCACCUCACUAGCUUCUUUGAUUUUGUUGGUGUCAUGUUGAGAGAAAGGUAGAAUAAACCUUACCACACGUUAAAAGUUAAAAGUUCAUACCAAUAGUAGUGAAGUUAGAUGGACCAAACCAUCAAACUUAUUUUUAUAGAAGUUAUUGAGAAUAAUCUUUCUUAAAAAUAUAUAUAUGCACUUUAGAUAUAUUGAUAUAGUUUGGAAAACUUUAUUAAAGUUAGUCAAGUGCCUGAGUUUUUAAUAUUGGACUUGAGUAUUUAUAUAUUGUGCAUCAACUCUGUUGGAUACGAGAACACUGUAGGAGUGGACGAUCUGUUCUAGCACCUUUGAGCAUUUACUUUAUGGAGCAUAUGUAAGUUAUUUAUAUACAAGGAAAUCUAUUUUAUGUCGUUGUUUAGAAAAAUUGCGUGAAAUCAUGUAGUUGCAAAUAAAAAGUAGUUUGAGGCAUGA